UCAUGAAACUUGUGUUAACUUCAAACCUUACAUGUUAUAGCGGUGUACAUCAAAGGAGUACAUUCUGUCCGGACUUAUAUGUUUGUCGUCCUUCUGCGGAAGAAGACCGUGUAUUACAAAAUACAGAUUUUACUUGAAAUGUUUGAAACAAAGCAAGAAUGUCGGCGAAAAGUUUAUAAAAUGUUUAACCAUUCUUAAUUAUCUCAUAUGUAUAUAAGAUUGUAUAAUAUGUUUUAUUUGUAAAAAAAAAUCAGGUCGCCACAAUAUGUCAAUGAUCCGGCUGUUGCUUUUUGUCUGUCCACUGGUAACAUGGUGUGCGCAUGCGCAGAUGAUGGGCGGGUCAUGCGCAGGAAUGAACAUGAUGCAGAUUCGCGCCAUUAUCAUGCAAGCUAUAACAAAAGCUAGAGCUUCUCUUGCCAGUGAAAAACAACUGAAUGAAUACUUCAGUAUGACAGGACAUGAUGAGGCUAUGAACCCGACACCAUAUAUGCCAAAGACGUACCAUCAGCAUUACGCCGCCUUUUCACAUCUCAACUUGCCGGCAUCCGUUCAAGUGGACAGCGGUUACAUUGUUCAGUUUGCUACAAAGUUCAUCUCCAAUGCCCUUGGAGUCAGUCCAGACGAACUGUACCAGUGUCCCGGUGUACCACAAAUAUGGCAUGAACUUAUUUCACCAUUCUGUAUUCGCCGUGAUGCAAUUUGUGAUGCAAGUGCUAAAUAUAGAACAAUCGACGGUUCCUGCAAUAACUUGCAAAAUCCGCUUUGGGGACGUUCCAACAGACCACACCUUCGUUUUUUAAAACCAAAAUAUAUGGAUGAUAUUGGAUUACCACGCCAAACCGGCGUUACAGGCGAAUAUCUACCCAGCGCCCGUACAGUUAGUAACGUAGUUCACAAUCAAGACCCUUGUUGUCCACUGAAAGAGAGGGACCUUAGUUUGUACGUGAUGCAAUGGGGACAGAUGAUUGACCAUGACCUUACAGACACAGCCAUUGCAAGAGGUGCUAACGACGCCACUGUUAUAUGUUGUAAUCUAACAAAAGACGUUCUUAUGCAAAGAUCUGAAUGUUUCCCAAUUCCUAUUGAUGCCGGAGACCAGAGAUUUCAUGAACCUUGCAUGAACUUUGUUAGAUCUAUUGCUGGACAUUCUGAUUCGUGUGAUAUAGGUCGACGUGACCAGCUUAACCAGGCCACAUCAUUCCUUGAUGCCUCAUAUCUUUAUGGUCAUAAUGACGAAGAUGCUGGCAAGAUUAGAUCAUUCCAAAAUGGUAAACUAAAGAUGACUGACACUGGUCUUUUCCCGGCUGGUCUUGAGGAUCAAACUCAUUGUGAAUUACAAAGUCAGGGAGAUUACUGUAUGAAAUCAG